AUGAACUCGAUUUACUACCGUAUGCCCAACGCUAAAGGGUUCGAGUUAGAAAACACUGGUGCAGGCCUCAGAGGCAGCUGCAAGAUUUACUAUUAUUCCGUCUCUUCUAAGCACCACCGCCAUCCCAAACCGUGCCGGCAGGCGCUGUUCACGACGGGGACACAGCCGUACCCUGGAGUUUUAACUGGAUACCCGAUCAGGACAUUGCCGGAUUAUGUCCUUCCCAACACACCCAAGACAGGCCUUGAGAUGACGUGGGGGUUGUUGGCGAGGUUUCUUGGUGGGGAGGAAGAGCAGCCCCGUAGGCCGAGUAGUAGGGAGGAGUUGGUGAAAACGCCGAUUGUGUUGAAGGGGCUGCAGUUUUAUGCUUUGUUCUGUGAUUUUGAGGAGGGGGAGGGUGUACUGGCAUUUGAUACAGGAUAA